UAACCUCGGCGCUGCCAACCACACGAGGAAGUUGCUGGCCGGUCCGCCAACCCCGUGCAGUCGCGGCCAGGGGCGGAUUUCAUGGCCCGCCGCGAGCAAAGAGCCGGAAUCGGCCUGGGCGAACCCCCGCGCGUCCUCUUUAGUGAAGACCACCCGCUUCCCUUCUCUUCUGCUCACCGGCUUUUCAGAUGCUCACUGCGCCCCUUGCAGCUGCCGCCCUCUCGCUGCUGCUUGCCUCUAGGAGCCGCCUAAGUCCGGGAGGAGAGAAUGACCGAGGUGCUGUGGCCGACUGUCCCCAAUGGGACGGACACUGCCUUCUUGGCCGGUCAGAGUUCACCCUGGGGGAACAGCACGUGGGGGAACGGCACGGCCGUCUCCACCGCCGCCGCCGCUUCAUUCAAAUGCUCUUUAACCAAGACUGGCUUCCAGUUCUACUACCUGCCCGCUGUCUACAUCUUGGUAUUUAUCAUCGGCUUCCUGGGCAACAGCGUGGCCAUCUGGAUGUUCGUCUUCCACAUGAAGCCGUGGAGCGGCAUCUCGGUGUACAUGUUCAACUUGGCUCUGGCUGACUUUUUGUAUGUGCUCACUCUGCCUGCCCUUAUCUUCUACUACUUCAAUAAGACGGACUGGAUCUUCGGGGAUGUGAUGUGCAAGCUGCAGAGGUUCAUCUUUCACGUAAACCUCUAUGGCAGCAUCUUGUUCUUAACCUGCAUCAGUGCACACCGGUAUAGCGGGGUGGUAUAUCCGCUCAAGUCCCUGGGCAGGCUCAAGAAGAAGAACGCUGUCUAUAUCAGCGUGCUGGUGUGGCUCACCGUGGUGGUGGGAAUCUCCCCCAUCCUCUUCUACUCUGGCACCGGUCUCCGGACAAACAAAACCACAUGCUAUGACACCACCUCGGAUGAGUACCUGAGAAGUUAUUUCAUCUACAGCAUGUGCACGACCGUGGCCAUGUUCUGUGUCCCCUUGGUACUGAUUUUGGGCUGUUACGGAUUAAUUGUGAAAGCUUUGAUUUACAAUGACCUAGACAACUCUCCACUCAGGAGGAAAUCCAUUUACCUGGUGAUUAUUGUACUGACUGUAUUUGCGGUGUCUUACAUCCCUUUCCAUGUGAUGAAAACGAUGAAUUUGAGGGCCCGUCUGGAUAUUCAGACCCCAGAAAUGUGUGAUUUCAAUGACCGGGUGUAUGCCACUUAUCAGGUGACAAGAGGUCUGGCAAGUCUCAACAGCUGUGUUGACCCUAUUCUCUAUUUCUUGGCGGGAGAUACAUUCAGGAGGAGACUCUCCCGAGCGACCAGGAAAGCUUCCAGAAGAAGUGAGGCAAAUUUGCAGUCCAAGAGUGAAGAUAUGACCCUCAAUAUCUUAUCUGAGUUUAAGCAGAAUGGAGAUACAAGCUUGUGAAGGCACAAGA